UGUAGGUAAAAUACAACGAUAACAGUGGACUGUUUCAUUUAUUUGGUUUCGCGAAUCACAUCGAUGAUUUGGCGCUCAACUUGUAUUGUCUGAAAAUCCAUUCAUAGUCGGCAGAAGAAGAAGACGCUGCGAGAGCUGUCAGCACAGCAGAGAGCAAAACAUUAUCCCUGAAUUAUCCCCACCGCCUUAAAUAUUGUAUCCUAUAUAUUAUAUUGUAUCUAUUUCCAGCCAUGGAGUUGUCUGAAAUACUCUACAACAAAGCAGAGUACAUUGAGACGGCUUCUGGCAACAAAGUGAGCAGACAGUCAGUGCUGUGCGGGAGUCAAAACAUCGUACUCAAUGGCAAAACUAUUGUCAUGAAUGACUGCAUCAUCAGAGGAGACCUGGCUAAUGUCAGGGUGGGCAGACACUGUGUGGUGAAGAGCCGCAGCGUCAUUAGACCACCUUUCAAAAAGUUCAGCAAAGGAGUGGCGUUCUUCCCACUGCACAUCGGUGACCACGUCUUCAUCGAGGAGGACUGUGUGGUCAACGCAGCGCAGAUUGGGUCCUACGUCCACAUCGGCAAGAACUGUGUCAUAGGCCGUCGCUGUGUGCUGAAGGACUGCUGCAAGAUCUUAGAUAACACCGUGCUCCCUCCUGAGACCGUGGUGCCGCCUUUUACCGUCUUCUCUGGAUGCCCAGGUUUGUUCUCAGGAGAGCUCCCAGAAUGCACGCAGGACCUGAUGAUAGAUGUAACCAAGAGUUACUACCAGAAGUUCCUGCCGCUCAGUCAGAUCUGAGUGCUGAGCCAUAACCAUCAGCGGGGUUCAACACUCUUUCCUGCCAGUUCCAGGUCGGGAUCUCUCAUCAGAAAUGGACUCUGAGAGCUCACCUUCUAUCCUUCACCUCCCAGAGGCCCUGAGUUUCUCUGCCCAAACACAAACAUUUGGUCCUGUUAAGAACCUUUAUAUGAUUCUAGGUUUUGAGAUGAGAAAAGGACUUGGUGAAUAAAAUAUAAUACAGCUGCAAAAGGCAAUUUUGAAUGUUUGCAGCUCCAAAUUGCAGCUAGAG